GAAGAGCAUAGAAUUUCCGGGCAAAGAGGUCACGUCUCUCUCUCCCCUCACCCUUAGCACGUUGGGUGCUCGCGCUUCAGGACAGGCGAAUUUGGGGUCGUCAUGACGGCUUGAGUUAGUUCCAGCCAGGCCUGCGCAACAGCGAUCUACAAUGAAGGUGCCUGUUGCUAUUCUGCGCCUACCCCGUGGACCUGAUGGGUCAAGCCGUGGUUUUGAUCCCCACUCUCCUCGCUUCCAGGCUCUGGGGCCCAGCAGCCUGCCUUCCGGAGCAUGUAAGGACACAGCCAACCUGGAGCAGGAGCAGCAAGCACGAGUCGCUCUGCGGGAACGCUACUUGCGCAGCCUCCUUGCCAUGGUUGGCCAGCCAGUUAAUUUCAUCAUGUACGAGAAGGUUAACGUCACUGCCUUGUUUGGAGCAUCAGACAUUGACAUCCUGAACUUCCAGGUUUCUGAGCUUCAGACACCUUUGGGGAUUCAGAGAGAAGCCCUCCUCCGCUGUUCAGACAUUAUUGCAUAUUCCUUUGAACUCUGAAGGGUCACUCCCUUUAAU